CCCUGGUUACCAGGCUUCUGUUCCUUCUUCUGUGAAUCAUGGUGUGAAGAGGAAGGAAGUCUUUCAAUGCUGUUUGGUGUCUUUUCAGCUAACUACAUGAACUGGAACCACAGACUAGAAGUCAGACCAGCUUCCUCCUCUACACUAACUUAACAACAUAGUGAGAGAGGAGAGGACUCACUAUGAAUAGAUCAGCAGCAAGAGGAUUUCUAGCUUUCCUUCUAUCAGUACCAGUGCUUCAGGGUAAUGAUGACUGGACGGUUACUUACUCAUCUAGUAAUGUCUGUGCUUUAAGAGGAGCAAUGGUUGACAUCGACUGCACUUAUGAAUACCCUGACAACGUACAGUACCGCCCUAACACAGUCACAACACUGUGGUUUACUAAAGAAGACAACCAUCAGCCAGUUGAUUUGCUAAGUGAUGCAGACUAUACAGGUCGUGUUGAAUCCAGCUGUGGAGAGGUCAGAUGUACCGGGUCCAGAUGUCAUGGAAAAUGUACCCUGAGAAUCAGAAACCUGAGACAGAGUGACUCUGCUGUCUACAAGUUUAGGUUCACAACAAACCAACCAGGUGGGGAAUAUACUGGUGACCCUGGAGUGACGGUAUCUGUAACAGAUCUCCAGGUGAAGGUGUCCUUUCUUCACCCUACCAGUCCUACCUGGGCAGAGCUGAAGUGUCACAGUAUGUGUGGUCUAGCUGGUGACCCUCCCUACAUCUGGUUCAGGAAUCGACAGAAUGUAGGACAGGGAGUGAACUACUGGGAGUAUAUUCAGUCUGAAGGGAGCUUCUCAUGUGCUGUUGAAGGAUACGAACAUCUCCGCUCUCCUGUAGUGUGGCUUCAGGGUAAGGGGGACCGGACAGUUACUUACCCAUCUAGUAAUGUCUGUGCCUUAAGAGGAACAAAAGUUGACAUCAGUUUUACUUAUGAAUACCCUGACUACGUACAGUACCGCCCUAACACAGUCAAUACACUGUGGUUUACUAAAGGAGACAAGUAUCAGCCAGUUGAUCUGAAGCACAAUGCAGACUAUACAGGUCGUGCUGUAUACAGCUGUGAAGAGGUCAGCUGUACCAGGUCCAGAUGUCAUGGAACAUGUACCCUGAGAAUCAGAAACCUGAGACAGAGUGACUCUGCUGUCUACAAGUUUAUAUUCACAACAAACCAACCAGACCUCCAGGUGAAGGUGUCCUUUCCUUAUCCGACCAAUCCUACCUGGGCAAAGCUGGAGUGUCGCAGUAUGUGUGGUCUAGCUGGUGACCCUCCCUACAUCUGGUUCAGGAAUGGACAGAAUAUAAAACAGGGAAUGAUCUACUCGGUCAAACCUCAGUCUGGCGAUAGCUUCUCAUGUGCUGUUAAAGGAUACGAUCUCCGCUCUCCUCUACUCUAUGGGCCUAAACACGUAUAUAUUAAUUCAAGUCCCUCUGGUGAAAUAGAGGAGGGCAGUUCAGUGACUCUGAGCUGCAGCAGUGAUGCUAACCCAGCAGCUGAGUACACCUGGUUCAAGAACAACCAACCUCUGCUCUGGGAACCAAGUCAACCUCAUACCUUCCCCUCAGUCCGCCCUGAAGACAGAGGAACGUACCGCUGUCACGCAGAGAACAAAUAUGGACAACUGAGCUCUAACUCAAUACUCAUGGAUGUCCAGUACGCUCCAAAGACCCCCUCGGUGACCGUGAGUCCCUCUGGUGAAAUAGAGGAGGGCAGUUCAGUGACUCUGAGCUGCAGCAGUGAUGCCAACCCAGCAGCCGAGUACACCUGGUUCAAGGAACAUGAAGACUCAGUGAGAGAAUCAGGACAGAACUACUCCAUCACUAAUAUCACAUCUGAGCAUGGAGGGAACUAUUACUGCCAAGCCCAUAAUGCAAUCGGACUUCAUAAUGCUACCUUUUUGUUAAUCCAAGUGACAUCAUCAUCAUCAUCAUCUCAUCGAGCAAUGGUAGCUGUAACAACCAUUGCUGUCUUACUGGCCACCGUACUCCUCCUCGUCUUCCUCUGGAUGAGAAGAAAGAGGGCCUCGAGUAAAGCAUGUGGACAGGGAGGAAGGCCAGAUACUGUGGAGGAGCCACUACCAGGUCCUGUGUAUGAAAACGUCUCAGCUCUGACCAAUCACUUGGCUCCUGCAGCACAGAGAGAACCAAUAGAAGAGCAGGAUGACCAUCACUAUGCCAGCAUCCAUACCUCUCGUUCAGAGAACCAGGAAGUUCCUCGCUGUUGGGUUGGCUCUAAUGUCCAAUCAGACCAAGCAGAUGCUGUCUUUUAUUCUGUGGUCAACAUUAAGAGACCAAACGCUGUCCCUGGAGAGAGUGACCAGACAGAGGCGGCAGAAACCUCAGAGUUGUACAGCACCGUCAAAAAACACCCCAGAUAUUGAAACAGAUGUGGCAGCAGGAUUUAAAUAGUGGUACUAGGUAGAGUGUCUCAUCCAUUUAGUUUAACAGGACAAUACGCUGGCUGCAUGUCCUAUGGAAAUGAAUUUCAUGGAAUGAAUACUUGCCACUAUAGCUCAUUCAUGACCUGAUUUAUUUGACUUAUUCACUUGAUUGUGUCUGUUCCACUUGCGAUGGCCCCAGCGAGGCCACAUGUUAUCCAGGGCCUCUUGCUUUUGAGGAUAUAGCUCUGCUUCAUCGCUACCACCUGCUGGUUACCAGGAUGUACUGCACCUGUUAGGGGAGGUCUUAGCGGUACCAUCUGCUGGUUACCAGGAUGUACAUGCUGGUCAGCGCAUUCAUUCCAAAACAGAUUGAGUUUUUCAUAACCUCUGAGUAAUAUGGUGCAAACCUGGCAAUUAAUGUAUUUGCAAGUGAAAUUUUUUCUUCACAAUACUGUAACAUAUGCCACAUGUUUUCAUGUGCCAUAUUUGAAAACUCUGUCCACAAAAUCGUGGUUGCUCUUGAGAAUUUAUUGGCCAAAGUUGUUUUCUUUAACAUGACAUCUAUGCCUGGCUUUUUUGUUGCAGCUCAUUUCCAAAAUACUUUAGAGGUUUUAGGCAUGUGAUGGUGAUCCAUGUGGUAGGCUACAUUAAGUUACAUGAAUUCUGUGUGAAAUUAACUAAAGAUUCUGUAAGUUGUUCAUAGUUGAUAAUCAUAUAAAACGUAUCUGGUACAUCACA